AACUGCCAACUUGAUAAAAAGAACACGAUACGAUAGUUCGCAGCAGAUGAUUUUUUUUCGAGUGUAUAAGAGAGAAUUUUUAAGAAUUUAAAGUGAAAAUCAUUAUUUACUGAGAUUAGAAACUAAUUAAGGUUAAAUAUCCAAUUAACUUGGUAAUUCCAAGUUAUUUAGUCGAAUUCUUAACGUGACAGUUGAGCUUAAACAUAUUGUUUGUUACCUGAAAGCCAAAGAUGGUUAGACUUUACGCUUUGACGAUCCUUUAUAAGGGACAAACAUCGGCAACUGCCCUGAAAUGUGCCUAUGACGUCGAUUCCUUCUCUUAUUUUCAAAGAAGCAGCGUCAAGGAAUUUAUGGCAUUUGUCAGUAAAACCAUAACAGAAAGGACGCAAGUUGCUGCGAGGCAGAGCGUUAAAGAAGGAGAAUACAUGUGUCACGUGUACGUUCGUGGAGACAGUUUAGCAGGAGUUUUAAUAUCAGAUCACGAAUAUCCAAAUCGAGUGUCACACACUUUAAUUACAAAAGUAUUGGACGAAUUUGCAGCGAGGUAUUCUCCAAACUCGUGGCCAACAUUAAACGAAUCGGCGGUCGAUUUUCAACAAAGUAAUGUUUACCUGGCAAAAUAUCAAAAUCCAAGGGAGGCUGAUGCCUUGACAAAAAUGCAAAACGAUCUCGAUGAAACAAAAAUCAUUCUGCACAGUACACUGGAGGCAGUUUUGCAGAGAGGUGAAAAAUUGGACGAUUUAGUAUCGAAAUCAGAAGGUCUCAGUAUUCAAUCGAAAGCCUUUUAUAAAACAGCCCGUAAAACUAAUUCCUGCUGCAGUUUGACAGCUUAGAAAAAUUCUCUUAACGUUAUAAUUAUUUUUUAAUUAACAUUGUGUCACUCUCAAUGUAUAAGAAAGUAAAUGGAAAAAAAAUGAGGUCAAAAUGGAAUUAAAGAAAAAUGUCUUUCUAGAAUUCAAAAGACAUUUAUAAAAGCUGUAAUAAAGCUUCUGUGAAUGCGAACAAGUUCUUAAAAAACAACCAAAGAAGCAUUUUACAAAAAAAAAGAAAAUUUUUUUUCAGAACAUCUAAAUGGAAAGUCUGGCAGUGCCAAAAAAAACUCCAGCGCAUAUUCUGUAAAUAGAUAUAUUUUAGCUUUGCUUUGUCCAAUUUAUUUCUCAGGUCAAAAUAAGAUAUUCACUGCCAGUUCCAAAAAAAAAAAAUGGAAAUUACGAUUAUAAUU